UAACUUUGAUAUUCACGUCGCAUAUCCGUUAAACCCUAAGAUUCUCCUCUCCUCUCCCUCGCACGAUCUCCUUGAACAAUCUUCGCAGAAGCAAUCAGAUUUCUUCAAUUUUUUGUUUCGUUUUCUCGGAUGCCGACUCGGAAGAUAGAGAAAUUUAGGUUUUUUUUUCCGACUUGAUUGAAGCCACUUCUCUAGAUUUUGCUCUAUAUUACUUCGCUAAAUCAGGAAUUUCCGGUGGUACGGAACCAUGGUGUGGUGCCGCCAUUGUGUGAAGAACGUGCCUGGUAUUCGGCCCUACGAUGGUGCCUUGGCAUGCAAUUUAUGUGGGAGGAUAUUGGACGAUUUCAAUUUUUCUACCGAAGUUACAUUCGUCAAGAAUGCUGCAGGGCAGAGUCAAAUGGCUGGGAACAUAGUGAGGAGUAUGCAGAGUGACAUCUCUAGCUCACGUGAAAGGAGAAUUAGAAAAGCUAGAGAAGAUAUGAUGAAUUUGAGAGAUGGCUUAGGAAUUGGUGAUGAAAGAGAUGAUGUGGUUGAUAUGGCCAAUCGGUUCUAUACUAUUGCAGUUCAUCGAAAUUUCACAAAAGGACGUAAAUCCGAGCAAGUACAGGCUUCCUGCCUGUACUUGACUUGCAGGGAAAAGAAUAUCCCGUUUCUUCUUAUUGAUUUUUCAAGUUAUCUUACUAUAAGCGUUUAUGAGCUUGGUGCUGUGUACUUACAACUUUGUGAAAUGCUAUACAUUGCUGAAAAUCGGAAUUACGAGAAGCUGGUUGACCCUUCCAUUUUUAUUCCUAGGUUCACAAAUAGUCUCCUGAAAGGAGUACAUGAUAAAGCGGUCGUGAAAACAGCUAGAGACAUUAUAGCUAGCAUGAAGAGAGAUUGGAUACAGACGGGCAGGAAACCUAGUGGCAUAUGCGGUGCAGCACUUUAUAUAGCUGCUCUUUCCCAUGGUAUCAAGUGCUCCAAGACAGAUAUUGUCAAGGUUGUGCACAUAUGUGAAGCUACACUGACCAAACGAUUGAUUGAAUUCGGAAACACAGAGUCUGGAAAUUUAACUGUUGACGAGCUCACAGAAAGAGAGAGGGAAUUGCAUAAAAGAUCUUUUGUCAGGCAUCAAUCAGAAUCCAAAAUAGAUGGGGUGCUCUGUAUGCAUCAGGAUUGUAAGCCUGUUGGUUAUGGACUUUGCGAAAGCUGUUAUAACGAUUUCAUUACUGUAUCUGGAGGACUUUGUGGAGGAUCAAACCCUCCUGCUUUCCAGCGUGCGGAGCAAGAGAGAAUGGAGAAAGCAGCAAGGGAAGAAAAUGAGGGAGGAGUUAUCAGUACGAACUUUGAUCAACAUUGUCCGAUAGGACCUGGCUGUGACAGUGUGAGCAAAAGCAAAAAUCAAUUUUCUGGACAUGGGAAAGCAGAUGAGAGAAGCGAUGAUAAAGCUGGAGGAACUGAUGGCAAUGCUGAAGUUUCGGAUGAAUCUGGGAACUUCUCUGACAUUGAUGAUGAUGAGGUGGAUGGCUACAUUCACAAUGAAGAGGAAAAACACUAUAAGAAGAUUAUAUGGGAAGAAAUGAACCGAGAGUAUCUUGAGGAGCAAGCAGCCAAGGAAGCGGCUCUGAAAGCAGCUAAUGAAGCUUUAAAUGCAAGUAACGCUAAUUGUCCGGAAGCUGCAAGAAAGCUUGCUCAAGCUACUCUAGCAGCUGUGGCGAAAUCGAGAAAGGAAAAACAACAAAAAAGGGCCGCAGAAGCAAAAAAUGCUGCACCCCCGGCAACUGCUGUUGAAGCUGUGCGUGGAAUGCUCGAGAAAAAGAGACUAAGCUCGCUGAUCGACUACGAUGCUUUGGGGAAACUCUUCGAUGAGACGCCGCCGGCUCAGAAAUCGCCCAAGAAGGGGAAAACAGAAGAUGAGGGAGAGAGGGAUGAUGAAGAAAGUGUGAAAGGGAGAAAACAAGAGAGAGAUGGCGGGAGGAGAGAAGGAAACAAGCUGGAGGAGGAAAAGGAAGAGUACAAAGAAUACGAUUUCGAGAAUGGGGAAGAAGACUGCUUUUAUGGUUACUGUGAAGAAGACGAAGGUUACGACUAUGAAGCUUUCUGACUUGCAAAAAAAAAAAAAACUUUUGUAGAGGACAAAUCGCAUGUAGCAAUAAUAAAUACCCAAAUGGCUCUAAAAACAUGAAAAAUACAAACAAAUAUAGUUAAUCUAUAAAAAAAACUCAUU